GACUGAAAUGGUUUAUUGUGUUCACAGAGGCUCAGCUGCCCUGGGAUUUAUUCCGCUGUGGAGAUUGUAAGCAGCCAUUGAUGCAUCUCGGGGUGUCUGAGUCCAUGAGAGAGUGCGAGUACAGUCAAAUAAGCACUCGCAGCUCAACACCAAUGGAGACCCCUUACAAGAAAAAGACCCAAAAGAAGAGGAAGUGGGAGUCCUUCCCAGGUCGAAAUAAGUUUUACUGCGAUGGGAGGAUUAUGAUGGCCAAGCAGACAGGGGUUUUCUACCUCACCCUGGUCCUCAUUCUAGUGACUUGUGGACUUUUCUUCACCUUUGAUUGUCCGUUCCUAGCUCUGCGGUUGACCCCAGUUAUCCCAGUCAUAGGAGGUGUGCUGUUUCUCUUUGUAUUGGGGACCCUCCUGAGAACCAGCUUCAGUGACCCAGGAGUGCUGCCUAGGGCCACCCCAGAUGAAGCAGCUGACCUCGAGAGGCAAAUAGAUGUUGCCAAUGGCAGCACAGGCUACAGGCCUCCUCCCAGAACUAAAGAGGUGGCCAUCAACGGCCAGACAGUCAAGCUGAAGUAUUGCUUCACCUGCAAGAUCUUCAGACCGCCUCGUGCCUCCCACUGCAGCCUCUGUGACAACUGUGUGGAACGUUUUGACCACCACUGUCCCUGGGUGGGAAACUGCGUGGGAAGAAGGAACUACCGUUUCUUCUACAUGUUCAUCCUCUCCCUCUCCUUCCUCACCAUCUUCAUCUUUGCCUUCGUCAUCACACACAUCAUUUUACGCUCCCAUCAACAUGGGUUCCUCAGCGCACUAAAAGACAGUCCUGCCAGUGUGAUGGAGGUGGUGGUGUGUUUCUUUUCUGUAUGGUCAAUAGUGGGCUUAUCAGGCUUCCAUACUUAUCUAAUCAGCUCAAACCAGACGACCAAUGAAGAUAUAAAAGGGUCCUGGUCUUCUAAAAGAGGGAAAGACAACUAUAACCCGUACAGCCAUGGCAAUAUAUUCACCAACUGCUGUGCAGCGCUGUGUGGACCCCUUCCGCCGAGUCUCAUCGACAGGCGGGGCUACAUCCAAUCAGAUACACCGCAGCUGGCACCACCGACCAAUGGCAUCACUAUGUACGGUGCCACACAGUCACAGCAGAGCCACAUGUGUGACCAAGACCAGUGCAUUCAGAGCACCAAAUUCGUUUUACAGGCCGCCGCCACACCUCUCCUCCAGCAGCAGAGCAGUGAGCCCGUCAUCCUGACCACUUCCCCUGAAAAUGGAGGAGCUCUAACUGGCCGCACGUCCCUCACCCUUGGUGGCCCAUGCACAUCACUCCCUCUCGGCCAGCCCACCCCUCCAACGUCCACUCCCAGCCUAAGCCUUCACGAGGCCACUGACAUGAUGCAGAUCCAUGGACACGGCCACACGCUUAACCACAGCCACCCGCUGCAGGAGCCCGGAGCCCACCACCACUUUCUCACUCCAGAGGAGGUGCCCUCGCCACCAGGUAUGCUUCCCUGCGGAAGCCCACUUGGUCACAGCCACACGGUGCAGACUGGCUUUUACAACCCCGCCAGUCAGGACUCCCUACACGAGGACUCUGUCCGAGGACUGGUUAAGCUCAGCUCUGUUUGACAGUGGGACCCCCAGAACACAUGCAUCUGUGAAAACUUUCCUGUGCCACUUUUGUGCCAGCUCGCUCUCACCCUGAAUUACUUUACCUUUGUCUCCUCUGCAGGACUAGAGAACUGAAAAAGGCUGUGGUUUAAAUUCAGCUGCUAGAAACUAAGAGGAAUUUAACUGAGCUGGAGUGAAACCCGCUGUCCUCAGCCAAUGGUCUUGCCAAACCACUUUGGAAAUGACAGAGAUGUAUUCUGGUAUGAUGGCCUGUAUUAAAGCUCAGACAUGCCCUUUUUUAAUUCAAGGGAAGCAUAAUCUGUUUGCUCCAGGAAACAUGAUGGUGAGUUUCUUUAUCAAAGAGGCAUAUGUCUGUGAGCCAUGUCAAGCAAAAAAAAAACACGUUUUGACAGUACUUGACAAUUUUGGGGGAAAAUGAAUUUCUGUCAAUGAAUCAAAGGUCCAGCAGGUUUUUUUGUACAACCAACUCUAGCCUUUUUGCCUGUUGCUGAUUGGACAGCAUAUUUUGCCUUUUUUUUUUUUCUUUCUCUUCGAUGUUCUCAGCAGUGCAAUGGUUGAUGUCAUAAUGUUGCAUAUCAUCCUGCUUUUUCUAUGUUGAAAAUAUAAGAGACUGUUGUACUGAACCAUGGUAAUUACAAAUUGUAUUUCCUGUGGAUAUUAAUAAAACACCAACUUUUUAUCAGA